UAAUAAAGAUCAAGCCAACCGUGUGACUCAGUUUAUACGUAAAUGUGCAAGUAGACUUUUAUAAGAUUUACAAAAUAUUACUCGAUAUAAUUUUAAAAUAUGAAAGAGUUGAGGAAAUCCGGACAUUAUUUAGUGCAAAAACGGGACAGUGUCAAAGAAUUAAGUGAAUUUGUGUAUUGAACAGUGCGCUGCUGGCAUUCUGUCGACGAAGGCAGUUAAAAUUUUCUUAUUUAUUUCGAUCGGUAUGCGUUCUAUUGCGAUUUACUUGUGUAUAGGCUUGUGCGCAUACCAAUACAAGUUGGCGAAAAGACCAUUCAAUUUUUCAAGUGGCUUAUCAACUGUGUUAUAUGUGACGUACAAAGAAAUGCAUCGUAGUGAAAAUAACGAAAAUCGCGAUGUGGUUUACCCAGAAAUAUCUUCCACUAAGGUUUGUCAUAUUGUAAAACGUUCAGAUUUUGAAGGAUAUGGAUUUAAUUUGCAUUCAGAGAGAAUAAAGCCCGGACAAUAUGUGGGGAAAGUUGAUGUGAAUUCUCCAGCAGAAGUAUCGGGAUUGAAGGAAGGUUACCGUAUCAUUGAAGUUAAUGGUGUAAACAUAAGUCAAGAGUCUCACAAGCACGUAGUGCAGCGAAUUAAGGCCAUUUCAAAUGAAGUGAGAUUAUUAAUAGUUGAUGACAAAUCUAUUAAAGAACUUGCAGCUGAAAAAUCUUCACCAUUGCCAAAGUCUAUUAAUGAAAAAAUAAAUUCAAAAGAACUGGAAGUUGAAAAACAGAGAUCAAAUGCAAGCAGUGGGGAUAUGAUUAUGAGAAAGCCUGUUACCAAUUACGAUGCAAAUACAACACAGAAACACGAUUACAACAAUAAAGAUGAACAAAACAAUGCGACUACCGCAUACAAUUUCCAUGAAAUGCAUUUGGAGAAGGACGAUGAAACACGUCCACAAUUAUGUAUAAAGGGUUCUAAUACAGCUUCAAGUGGUGGACUUGAACUUCCAAUGACCGCAGCAGAAAUGAGGGCUAAACUUUUAUCUAAGAAAAAAUAUGAUCCCAAAAAUGAAAUUGUAGAUCUAAAGAAAAAGUUUGAAAUAAUACAGAAACUUUGAUUUUUUUAAGAUUAAAUAAAAACAAUGAUUUAAUUGUUACAAAUGGCUUACGAGAAA